GCCGCUGCCGGGUCGCCAGUGAAGGGGAGGCAGUGGCGGCGGCGGCGAACAUGAUUUCAGUGAGGAUAGUGACUGCCGACUACUACAUGGCCAGCCCGCUGCAGGGGCUGGAUAUCUGCCAAUCCCCCCUCACCCAGGCCCCUGUCAAGAAGGUGCCGGUGGUGCGAGUCUUUGGAGCGACCCCGGCAGGUCAGAAGACAUGUCUUCAUCUACAUGGCAUCUUUCCUUACCUCUAUGUGCCAUAUGAUGGUUAUGGACACCAGCCAGAAAGCUAUCUUUCUCAGAUGGCAUUCAGUAUCGACAGAGCACUUAAUGUGGCUUUAGGCAAUCCAUCUUCCACUGCUCAGCAUGUGUUCAAAGUGUCAUUAGUAUCAGGAAUGCCUUUCUAUGGUUAUCAUGAGAAGGAAAGACACUUCAUGAAGAUCUAUCUUUACAAUCCUGCAAUGGUGAAAAGGAUAUGUGAACUUUUGCAAAGUGGAGCCAUAAUGAAUAAAUUUUACCAGCCUCAUGAAGCGCAUAUUCCCUACCUCCUACAACUCUUCAUUGACUACAAUCUGUAUGGAAUGAAUUUAAUAAAUCUGGCUGCUGUCAAGUUCCGAAAGGCAAGAAGGAAAAGUCACAAUGGAAUAAAACCAGAGAUCAACAAUAGGAAUUUGGAAACUAUACAUAGAUGGAAAUUAAACAGUUACACAAGUUAUAAGGAAAGCUCUUUAAUAUUGGAGGGUGUUGAACCACAGAGUACAUGUGAAUUAGAAGUCGAUGCUGUAGCCGCUGACAUCUUAAAUCGGCUGGACGUUGAAGCUCAAAUUGGUGUAAACCCUGGUCUACAGGCCAUAUGGGAAGAUGAAAAGCAACGGCGAAGAAACAGAAAUGAAACCUCUCAAAUUAGUCAACCUGAAUCACAAGAUCGCAGGUUUAUGCCAGCAACAGAAAGUGAAAAAAAAUUUCAGAAGAGACUUCAGGAAAUUCUCAAACAGAAUGAUUUCUCUGUAACAUUAUCAGGAUCUGUGGACUAUAGUGAUGGAUCCCAGGAUUUCUCUGCUGAGUUAACAUUGCAUUCUGAGGUUCUGUCUCCUGAAGUACUUCAGUGUACACCAGCCAAUAUGAUAGAAGUCCACAAAGACACAGAGUUGAGCAAAGGUCACAUUAGACACAAAGUAGAAGAAGCCCUUAUUAAUGAAGAAGCAAUUUUGAACCUCAUGGAAAAUAGUCAGACUUUUCAGCCUUUGACCCAAAGACUGAGUGAGUCACCAGUUUUCAUGGACAAUAGUCCUGAUGAGGCUCUGGUACAUCUUCUUGCUGGUUUGGAAAGUGAUGGAUAUCAGGGGGAAAGAACUAGGAUGCCAUCACCAUGUCGCCCUUUUGGAAAUAAUAAAUAUCCCCAAAAUAGUGAUGAUGAAGAAAAUGAACCACAGAUUGAAAAAGAGGAAAUGGAGCUUAGUUUGGUUAUGUCCCAGAGAUGGGACAGCAAUAUUGAAGAACAUUGUGCCAAAAAGAGAUCACUGUGCAGAAAUACCCACAGAAGUUCAACUGAAGAUGAUGACUCAUCUUCAGAAGAAGAAAUGGAAUGGAGUGAUAAUAGUUUGCUUCUAGCCAAUCUUUCUAUACCUCAGUUAGAUGGAACUGCAGAUGAAAAUAGUGACAAUCCAUUGAACAACGAAAAUUCUAGAACCCACUCUUCUGUGAUUGCAACUAGCAAGCUGUCAGUAAAACCCUCCAUUUUUCACAAAGAUGCUGCUACAUUAGAACCCCCGUCUUCUGCUAAGAUUACCUUUCAAUGUAAACACACAAGUGCCCUUCCUUCCCAUAUUUUGAACAAGGAAGAUUUAAUUGAAGACCUUUCACAGCCAAACAACAUAGAAAAAGGUCUAGAUAAUUCAGUCACUUCUUUUACAAAGGAAAGCACUUAUUCUGUGAAAUACCCUGGAUCUAUUAACAGUACUGUUCAUUCAGAAAAUUCUCAUAAAGAGAGUAAUAAGAAAGAUAUCCUCCCAGUAUCUUCCUGUGAAAGUAGUAUUUUUGAUUAUGAAGAAGAUAUUCCAUCUGUUACAAGACAAGUACCAAGUAGAAAGUAUACAAACAUUAGAAAGAUCGAAAAGGAUGCCCCUUUUAUACAUAUGCACCGUCACCCUAAUGAGAAUACAUUGGGUAAAAACUCUUUCAACUUUUCUGACUUAAGUCAUUCAAAAAAUAAGCUAUCUGCUGAAGGAAAUGAAAAAGGAAACAGCAUAGCUUUGAACAGUUUAUUCCCUUCACCAUUUACUGAAAAUUGUGAAUUGCUGUCAUGCUCAGGGGAUAAUAGAACUAUGGUACAUUCUCUUAGUAGCAUUGCUGAUGAAGGUGGUCUAAAUAAACUUAAAAUUAGAUAUGAAGAAUUUCAAGAACAUAAAACAGAAAAACCAAGCCUCAGCCAACAAGCAGCACAUUAUAUGUUUUUUCCCAGUGUUGUUCUUUCUAAUUGUCUCACUAGACCACAGAAACUAUCUCCUGUCACAUAUAAACUACAACCUGGCAAUAAACCAUCUCGGUUAAAACUAAGUAAAAAGAAACUUGUAGGUCAUCAAGAGACUUCUACCAAAAGUAGUGAGACUAGAUCCACAAAAGAGAAUUGUAUACAAAAUAAUCCUUGUAAUAGUAAUCCUGAGAAGGAUCAUGUAUUGGCCAGCGAUUUAAUUAAAACCACUCGUGGAACUUUUGAAAAUAAAACACUUACAGAUGGUUUGACAGACUGUCACUUUGGAGAUGGAAACUUAGAAACUGAGCAGUCUUUUGGACUUUAUGGAAAUAAAUAUACACUUAGAGCCAAACGCAAGGUAAAUUAUGAGACUGAAGACGGUGAGUCAAGUUUUGUAACACACAACUCAAAAAUUAGCCUACCUCAUCCUAUAGAAAUUGGUGACAGUCUAGAUGGAACUCUAAAGUCUCGAAAACGAAGGAAAAUGUCUAAAAAGCUGCCCCCUGUCAUCAUAAAGUAUAUUAUUAUUAACAGAUUUAGAGGGAGAAAAAAUAUGCUUGUGAAGCUAGGGAAAAUAGACUCUAAAGAAAAACAAGUAAUAUUAACAGAGGAAAAAAUAGAACUAUAUAAAAAGCUUGCACCUUUGAAGGAUUUUUGGCCAAAAGUUCCUGACUCCCCUGCAACCAAAUAUCCUAUUUAUCCACUAACACCAAAGAAAAGUCACAGAAGAAAGUCAAAACAUAAGUCUGCUAAGAAAAAAACUGGUAAACAACAAAGGACAAAUAGUGAAAAUAUUAAAAGAACUUUGUCUUUCAGAAAAAAACGGUCACAUGCUAUUCUUUCUCCCCCGUCACCAUCUUACAAUGCUGAAACCGAAGACUGUGACUUAAAUUAUAGUGAUGUGAUGUCUAAACUAGGUUUUCUUUCUGAGAGAAGCACAAGUCCCGUAAAUUCCUCUCCACCUCGCUGCUGGUCUCCAACAGAUCCAAGAGCUGAAGAAAUUAUGGCUGCUGCAGAAAAAGAAGCACUGCUUUUUAAAGGUCCUAAUAUGUAUAAUACCAAGACUGUUAAUCCUCGUAUGGGAAAAAAUAGUCGAGCAAGAGCACAGGUUAAGAAAUCAAAAGCAAAGCUUGUUAAUCCCUCUGUAGUUACUAAGAAAAGGAACAAACGAAAUCAAACAAAUAAAAUAGUAGAUGAUAGAAAAAAGAAACCAAGAGCAAAACAAAAACAAAAAAAUGAGAAAGGCACAUCAAGAAAGCACAUAACACUUAAAGAUGAAAAAAUAAAAUCUCAGUCUGGUGCUGAAGUUAAGUUUGUGCUAAAACACCAGAAUGUGUCCGAGUUUACAAAUAGUUCUGGAGGCUCUCUACUUUGUAAACAGAAAGAUAUACCACUAACAGGCUCAACUGUUGAUCAUCCCCUUUCUAAUCCCCUACCCACUGGAAUUAAUGCACAACAGAAGUUAUCUGGCUGCUUUUCUUCAUUCUUAGAAAACAAAAAAUCUAUAGAUUUGCAGACAUUCUCUAGUUCACGAGAUGAUUUGCAUCCUUCAAUUGUCUGUAGUUCCAUAGCACCUGGAAUCUCAAAAAUUAAUGUUCAGAGUUCUCAUAAUCAAAGUGCUAUGUUUACUCUAAAGGAAUCAACUUUGAUUCAAAAAAAUAUAUUUGACCUUUCCAACCAUUUGUCUCAGGUAGCACAGAAUGCUCAGAUAUCUUCGGGUAUAAUGUCUCCAAAGACAGAAGAUAAUGCAAACAUACAAAAAAACCAUUUGUCAACUAUUGGAAAGUUAAAUGAGUAUCGUAAUUCCCUAGAAUCAAAGCCGGACCAGGCAUAUGCCCCUAAUUUUUUGCAUUGCAAAGAUAGUCAGCAGCAGAUUGUGUGCAUGGCAGAACAGUCAAAGCACAGUGAAACUUGUUCUCCAGGAAAUGCAGCUUCAGACGAAAGCCAAAUGCCUAAUAAUUGCUUUAUAACUUCCUUGAGAAGUCCAAUCAAACAAAUAGCAUGGGAUCAAAAACAAAGGGGUUUUAUUUUAGAUAUGUCAAAUUUUAAACCUGAAAGGGUAAAGCAGAGGUCAUUGUCAGAAGCAGUUUCACAAACCAAAGGACUUUCUCAGUGUAAAAAUCGAAACAUUUCAACACAUUCAGCAUUUGGUGAAGGACAGUCUGGACUGGCAGUUCUAAAAGAAUUGUUACAAAAAAGACAGCAGAAAGCACAAAAUGCAAGUACUAUGCAAGACCCAUUACCUAAUAAACUUCAACCAAACAAAAAUAUUUCUGGUUCCCUUGAACAUAACAAAGCAAAUAAACGGACACGGUCAGUAACAUCUCCAAGAAAACCUCGAACUCCCAGAAGUACAAAACCUAAAGAAAAAAUUCCCAAACUUCUAAAAGUAGACUCUCUAAAUUUACAAAACUCUAGUCAAUUGGAUAACUCCUUAUCAGAUGAUAGUCCCAUCUUUUUUUCAGAUCCCGGUUUUGAAAGUUGUUAUUCACUUGAAGAUAGCUUAUCUCCUGAACAUAAUUAUAAUUUUGAUAUUAACACAAUAGGUCAGACUGGAUUUUGUAGCUUUUAUUCUGGAAGUCAGUUUGUCCCAGCUGAUCAGAAUUUGCCUCAAAAGUUCCUAAGUGAUGCUGUUCAGGAUCUUUUUCCAGGACAAGCUAUAGAAAAAAAUGAGUUUUUAAGUCAUGACAACCAGAACUGUGAUGAAGACAAGCCUCAUGCCUCAGACUCAUCCUCAUGGAUUAGAUCUGGUACUUUAAGUCCUGAACUUUUUGACAAAUCAUCCAUAGAUAGCAAUGAGAAUCAUCGGCACAACCCGUGGAAAAACAGCUUUCAUCCUCUUACAACUCGGUCUAAUUCAAUAAUGGAUUCUUUCUGUGUUCAGAAGGCAGAGGGCUGUCUAAAUGAAAAAUCCAGAUUGAAUAAGAGUUCAGUAAGCAAAGAAGUGUUUCUUAGCCUUCCACAGCCAAGCAAUUCAGACUGGAUUAAAGGUCACACUAGAAAAGAAAUGGGGCAUUCUCUUGACUCAGUUAAUACCUCUUUUACUACAAUACUCUCCUCCCCAGAUGGUGAACUUGUGGAUGUAGCCUCUGAAGAUUUAGAACUGUAUGUUUCAAGAAACAAUGAUCUGUUGACGCCAACUCCUGAUAGUUCACCAAGGUCUACCAGCUCUCCCUCACAAUCUAAAAAUGGCAGUUUCACACCUCGAACUGCUCACAUUCUAAAACCACUUAUGUCCCCACCAAGUAGGGAAGAAAUUAUGGCAACUUUGUUAGAUCAUGACCUUUCAGAAACUGUUUACCAAGAACCAUUUUGCAGUAAUCCUUCUGAUGUACCAGAAAAGCCCAGAGAGAUUGGUGGACGUCUCCUCAUGGUAGAAACUCGACUUCCAAAUGAUCUGGCUGAGUUUGAGGGAGACUUUUCUUUAGAAGGACUUCGUCUAUGGAAAACAGCAUUCUCAGCAAUGACUCAGAAUCCAAGACCAGGGUCACCCCUUCGCAAUGGUCAAGCAAUUGUCAAUAAAGGGCCAACUAAUUGCCACAAAACGGUUGAAGAUAAAAAAAUUGUUAUUAUGCCUUGUAAGUGUGCCCCAAGUCGACAACUGGUUCAAGUGUGGCUUCAAGCCAAAGAAGAAUAUGAACGUUCCAAGAAACUGCCUAAAAUUGAGCCAACUGGAGUAAAAUCUGCUGAAAAGUUUAUUUCUUCAGUUAAUCCGGAUGACAAGCCUGUAGUGCCUCCAAAAGUAGAUGUAAGUCCACAUAUACUCCUUGCUACAGCGCAUACCAAGGAGGAUGUUGAUAAUUCUCAGAUUGUUUUACAAGCACCAACCACAGGAUGCAGUAUAACUGUAAGUGAAAAUCAGAGGUUACCACCAGUUGCCUCUGCAAAUGAUCCUGAGAAAGAUGAAGAUGAUGAUGGUAACCAUUAUGUUAGUUCUCCUGAUUCUCCAGUAAUUCCCCCUUGGCAACAAGCAACAUCCCCAGAUUCCAGAUCAUUAAAUGGAGAUGAUCGACCCUCAUCACCAGUAGAGGACCUACAUUCUUUGGCUGUUGAGAAUAUGUUAAAGCCAAUAAAAGAUGGUAUACAGAAAAGCCCCUGCAGUGAGCCUCGGAAUCCUCUAGUGAUAUCUCCAAUUAAUGCUAGGGCAAGAACAGGGAAAUAUGAAUCACUUUGCCUUCAUAGUACACCAGUCAUGCAGAGAAAACCGGAAAGGCUUCCUGAAGUAACGGAUCUUAGCCCUUUAUCAACAGAACCAAAAACCCAGAAGUUGAGUAAUAAGAAAGGAAGUAAUAUUGACACUCUUAGAAGAGUACUCUUAACACAAGCAAAGAAUCAGUUUGCAGUGGUGACUAGCCCAAAGAAGGAAACUUCUCAGAUUGAUGGACCAUCUUUAAACAAUACUUAUGGUUUCAAAGUCAGCAUACAAAACUUACAGGAGGCAAAAGCUUUACAUGAGCUUACAAAAGAUACAGAAAAAACAGAACUCACAGGUGUAAUAGUAAUUGAUAAAGAAAAGACAGUUUUCAGUCAAGACAUCAGAUAUCAGACCCCAUUACUUAUUAGAUCUGGAAUUACAGGACUAGAAGUUACCUAUGCUGCUGAUGAGAAGGCACUUUUUCAAGAAAUUGCAAAUAUAAUAAAGAGGUAUGAUCCUGAUAUUCUGCUAGGAUAUGAGAUUCAGAUGCAUUCCUGGGGCUACCUGUUACAAAGGGCUGCUGCUUUAAGUGUUAACUUAUGUCAGAUGAUUUCUCGUGUGCCAGAUGACAAAAUUGAGAACAGAUUUGCAGCUGAAAGAGAUGAAUAUGGGUCAGAUACAAUGAGUGAGAUAAAUAUUGUUGGCCGAAUUACACUGAAUCUUUGGAGGAUCAUGAGAAAUGAGGUGGCUCUAACAAACUACACCUUUGAAAAUGUGAGCUUUCACGUUCUUCAUCAGCGUUUUCCCCUCUUUACCUUUCGGGUCUUGUCAGACUGGUUUGAUAACAAGACAGAUCUAUACAGAUGGAAAAUGGUUGAUCAUUACGUUAGCCGUGUCCGUGGAAAUCUCCAAAUGUUAGAACAGCUCGACCUGAUUGGGAAAACCAGCGAAAUGGCUAGACUUUUUGGCAUUCAGUUUUUGCAUGUACUGACAAGAGGUUCACAGUACCGUGUGGAAUCAAUGAUGUUGCGUAUUGCUAAACCAAUGAACUAUAUUCCUGUGACACCUAGUAUUCAGCAGAGAUCCCGAAUGAGAGCCCCACAGUGUAUUCCCCUAAUUAUGGAGCCUGAGUCCCGCUUCUACAGCAACUCUGUUCUCGUUUUGGAUUUCCAGUCACUUUAUCCUUCGAUUGUGAUUGCAUACAACUACUGUUUUUCUACCUGCCUUGGCCAUGUGGAGAACUUGGGAAAGUAUGAUGAGUUCAAAUUUGGCUGUACCUCUCUCAGAGUACCUCCAGAUUUACUUUACCAAAUUAGGCAUGAUAUCACAGUGUCACCCAAUGGAGUAGCUUUUGUCAAGCCUUCAGUAAGAAAGGGUGUGCUACCAAGAAUGCUUGAAGAAAUUUUGAAGACCAGACUUAUGGUGAAGCAGUCAAUGAAGGCUUACAAGCAAGACAGAGUCCUGUCACGAAUGCUCGAUGCGCGUCAGCUAGGACUUAAGCUGAUAGCAAAUGUCACAUUUGGUUAUACAUCUGCUCAUUUUUCUGGGAGAAUGCCAUGCGUCGAGGUUGGUGAUAGUAUUGUUCACAAAGCCAGAGAGACCUUAGAACGAGCUAUUAAACUGGUGAAUGAUACCAAGAAAUGGGGUGCAAAGGUUGUAUAUGGUGAUACUGACAGUAUGUUCGUGUUACUGAAAGGAGCAACUAAGGAGCAGUCUUUUAAGAUUGGUCAGGAAAUUGCUGAAGCUGUAACUGCUACCAAUCCUAAACCAGUAAAAUUGAAAUUUGCACAGGUAUAUUUGCCCUGUGUUUUACAAACAAAAAAGAGGUAUGUGGGUUACAUGUAUGAAACACUGGAUCAAAAGGACCCGAUAUUUGAUGCAAAAGGAAUAGAAACAGUUAGAAGAGAUUCCUGCCCUGCUGUCUCUAAGAUACUUGAGCGUUCUCUAAAGCUGCUGUUUGAAACAAGAGAUAUAAGUCUAAUUAAACAAUAUGUUCAGCGACAAUGUAUGAAGCUUCUGGAAGGAAAGGCCAGCAUACAGGAUUUUAUCUUUGCUAAGGAAUACAGAGGAAGUUUUUGUUAUAAACCUGGAGCUUGUGUGCCAGCCCUUGAACUUACAAGAAAAAUGCUUACUUAUGACCGACGCUCUGAGCCACGAGUUGGGGAGCGUGUACCAUACGUCAUUAUUUAUGGGACCCCUGGAGUACCACUUAUCCAGCUGGUAAGGCGCCCAGUGGAAGUCCUCCAGGACCCGACACUAAGACUGAAUGCCACUUACUACAUCACCAAGCAAAUCCUCCCGCCCCUGGCAAGAAUCUUCUCCCUUAUUGGUAUUGAUGUCUUCAGCUGGUAUCAUGAAUUACCAAGGAUCCAGAAAGCCACUAGCUCCUCUCGAAAUGAACUUGAAGGGCGGAAAGGCACUAUUUCACAAUAUUUCACUACCUUACACUGUCCUGUGUGUGAUGACCUGACUCAGCAUGGCAUCUGUAGUAAAUGUCGGAGCCAACCUCAGCAUGUUGCAGUCAUCCUCAAUCAAGAAAUUCGAGAGCUGGAACGUAAACAGGAGCAACUUGUAAAGAUAUGCAAGAGUUGUGCAGGGUGCUUUGAUCGACAUAUACCGUGUGUUUCUCUGAACUGCCCAGUACUUUUCAAACUCUCUCGAGUAAAUAGAGAAUUAUCCAAGGCACCAUAUCUCCGGCAGUUACUAGACCAGUUUUAAAUUGUCAAUGUCACAGAAUUCCAGGUGCUAUUUUUUUCAGUGUUCACCACUAAACUGUUGUGCAUGGUGCUUUUUCAACUUUCAUCAAGUCAAGGAUGUUCAUUGUCUAUUAUCUGAAGACUUUUAUGCUGAUUUAAAAAUUGUACUUGUUGCUCUGAAUAGCUCACUUCUUACAAUGUACAAAUUCCUCAUUCUUUCACCUUUUAAACAUUGUUUUAUAAUGCAGGUGUUGGAUUUGCUCCAGUAUGUGUGCCAUCUUGUAAAUCCAUUUUAGUAGAUUAUGUUUACUUCCCUGUGGAAGGAGCACCGAAAACCUCUUAAAGAAAAAUCAUUCGUGUGUUUUCCUUGAACUGUCUGUAUCAGGACGUGUAACUUAGAGAUAUCCAUUCACUUUAUAAUUUUGACUGCAAAAUAUUUUGUAAAUACACUUUUUUACUUUUCAAACAACUAAGUAAAAUAAUGUGCAAUGACUUUUAUACAGAUAAUUUUCAAGUUGUUUGGUAUAUUUCUUCUAGGUUUUGCUUGACUCAAAGUAGAUCGUUAUUUUGAUCAAACUGUGCAAACAAUAGUACCAUGUGUAGCAUUUUUAAACAUUAUUUUCUAAAAAUCGCUGUCUUGCUUUAGCAAUUAAUGGGGCAUUGUGAGGAACUGUGCAAAGACAUUUUUGUUACAAACCUGUGGGCCUGUUGCAAUACUUUAAAAAUAAAAAAUUUUAUUCCAUUUUUGCUUGUUUUGUAUAGACAUUUCUAUUGCUCCUAAAUAUGCUUAAAAUAUUUUCUUUCCUUAUGUACUGUACAGUUAAUCUUAUUUCCCAUCAUCUUGAACACAAAAUGUGUAUUUAGAAUAUUUGUAUAACUGUAUAAAAUGAAAAAGGAACUAUGUGGUCAGUGCAUUGUUUUUUAAACUGGAAAUCAUUUUGUUUUAAAAGUUAAUAAUGGAAACCAUAUUAAAAUUGAAUAAAAUAUGAAAUA